CCUUAUAGGGGUUAGCACCGUGAUAACUAGCAAAAAACGCUACUAAAAAUAACGAAAUCACUACGAAUUAUUAUAAAAUCAAUACAACAUCUAAGCUAAAUCACUACUAAUUCAAACUAGUAGUAGUUUUUCCCUUGGUUAGCACGGUACUAACUAUUGUACAAUUAGCACCGUAACCGCUCCCAUACACUAUAAUAUGCUUGUUAAUAUAAUUCAUACUUCACUCAUCUUGAACGAAUGAAUUAAUGGAAGGACAUAUGGUACUGUUACUAAUUUUUUUGUAUGUGUCCUUAUUGUAAAUCGAGUAUCAUCAUUUCGCACCCGGCCCUCACACUGGAAGUCUUGGUAGAAAUAUUUAGACUAUACAUUUAACAUCUCAAAGGCUUGGCUUAACUCGCAUGUGUCAAGAACCAGUUAGUCCCAAUAACUCGAGUUGUUGGGAGAAUGUUCUGCUGGAUCUUAUACCACACUCUAACACGCCCCCUCAAACGAAAGCCAACCCACGGGCUUGAAGUUUGCACAGGCCCACAAUAUCUUGUGCUUUAAUCAACUGUUAAUAUAGGGGGCCGUGGAGAUUCGAACACACGAUCGACCACUUGGUCAAACCAGCUCUGAUACUAUGUCAAGAACCAGUUAGUCCCAAUAACUCGAGUUGUUGGGAGAAGGUUCUGCUGGAUCUUAUACCACACUCUAACAACAUGUACGUGAUUGAUGGUGCCAAGUACGACGUGAAUUUUUUUUAAAAAAAGAAAAGAAAAGAAAGAAAGAAAAACAUGACUUCUAGACUUAAAUUUGAAUUGUGCAACUAUCUCAACUUCAAUUAUCACUUAUUAUUGGCUAUUGCUAUAUAUCGGUAACUAGUUAUAAAUGAGUGAUAAGUACAUGGAAUUGAGAAUUGAACAAAUUUUUAGUAAUCUUUCCAAAGUAUAUAUUUGUUUAGGUUAGUUUUCAUUGGAAUUCGGAGUCCGAGAGUAAGGAUAAUACUCUGAUUUGGAAGGGUUUAAAUUAACCAUUCAGUAAAGGGAAGGAGAUAACAAAAGUUAUCAAUGAAGAGCAUCCAGUCAAGUGUCUUGAACUAACCUCUGAAAACAGUCGAAUUAUAUACGAUAAAUUCUAAAAUCUGAAGAUCACCAAAGAAUGAUUAAUAAAUAUCGAGUCAUAUAUCGUUUAUCCGAAUACCUUGAUAAGUCUCAUGUUGUCAAGCAAUAACUUUUUUUUACUUUCUUUUACUUCUUUUGGAAAUGAGAGUACACUUGAUUUAUAUGGUUGAAGUCUUGAAGACCACAAUUAAUCAAAUUAUGAUGAUGAAGGGUAAAGAAAUUCCGUUGGCCGGUGUGGUGGAUACAUGAUCUUAUGGUUACAUUUCUGAAUGUGAUGAUGGGAUUGGAAAUUUCUGAUAAAAAAAGUGCAAGGUUGAGAGAUACAAAGAUUUCAUCCAUCUUGUCACCUUCUCUUGUCUUGAAAUCCUAUUGUAGACUUUGGGACUCUUGUCUACCUUUGCAAUUAUUGAGAGGGUAUAUGUGCAACUUGUGGGAUUCCUUUAACUAUCCAUAAAGGUGUAUCUAAAUUUUGUUGUGUACAAAAUGGUCAUGUAAGUUUGAACUUGUAGCAACUUCGUCUACAAUUCUGUCUAGUUUGUUUGCUAAAUCAUGUAAUUCAUUCAAAAACUCAAUAGAAAUAACGAUGAACUACUCAUAAUUUCUAGGGAUCAAGACAUGUCGACCCAAUUCGAAACCCAAUGUAAGUAUUUCCUAACCGUUCAAGCAACAUAAUCCCUCUUGAUCACACACAUAACACACUUUGUUAAGUCUCUCCAAAUCCUAUGCAAACUAUUUAGAUGCAUGAUACGAACUUGAGAAAUUGAAGUGCAAAUCAAUUACAGUUUUAUCCUUGAAUUGGGUUCCAUCCACAAACGAGAAAAUCACCUAUCAGGAGAGACCGAAAUAGAACGUAUCCAAAUUUGUUAUAUCGCCUCUCUCUACAUAUAGGUAUCAUCAUUCAUCACACUUUCGCUCUCAUUUGUUUAUUCGUAACCAGUGGUGAAGCCGCGCGCGUUUAAUAAUACUAGAUAAGUUGUAGCUCCCUCUCAAUAUAUUUGAUUUGAAAUUAUGAAAUGUGAAUCAUACGAUAGAUAAGCAUUGAAAAGUGGAAGAAUGAUCGGACUAUAACCCCAACUCAUCAAGGUAUACAAGUUUAAAUUCAAUUGAAAUUGAAAUUGAAAUUGAAAUUGUUAUUUUUAUUUAUUUUAACCUCGCUCACUAGACUUUCUCCAUUAUUUUGACGGCAAAUUAAAAGAAACUGAAAAAGGCAGCCAACUAAACUAAUGAAGUGAUUCACAUACAUUGAUUAGACUAAAAUGAAAUGAAGGAGAUGGGCGACCCACCCCAACCACCUGAUCAAACAUAUAGAAAUUACUUUACUCAUCAAAUUAGGGAAAAAGAAUGGGAUCAAUUAAGGAGUCUGCCUGAUUAUUUGUUUGUUAAUUCUACUUGAUUAUGCACUUUAGUUUGUACUAUUGGUAGAGACCAGAACUGGCAACAUAAAUCAAUAAUGGAGGGGAAGCUAACAGUGACAAUCUAGCUCUUCAUGACAGUUGUCAGAAUUGUUCUGGUUUUCAUCAUCCCUCCAGAUUGUCUCUGAAACUCAUAAAUAGUUAUGCCUUUUUUUUAUAUCUGAAAUUCGCCAAGCCACCUUAAUCUCGUAAUAUUGAUAGCACAGGGAGUAAAAAUCUCAAUUGCAUGAAAAAUUAUUUUAAUAUGUGAAACGAAAUGUAAACCUACUUGAACAUAUGUACAAGUCUUUAUGCGUCAAACAUCAACCAAGCAAUUACUUCUCUAUAAAUAUAAGAGAUGUCUAGUUAUACUGUAGGAGACUUAAAAAAUACGGUAAAGCAUGUGAAUGCUGAUGUAUCAAUCACCUCUAAAAAUUGAGUUUAAUGUGUGCAAACUGUCACGCGGGUUGGAGAUCCUUGUGUCAAUAAAUUGUUAUGUCUACAAAGUACAAAUACAUCUACAUGCUAUGUUCAAGGGAAAUUAAAAAUUCUUGUAAAUUUUUUUUUCUUCUUCAUAUUUUUAAAGGGUCUAUAUAUAACGACCCAAUUUAAUUGCUAACAGUGAAGUGAACAGUAGCAGUACAGAGAGAGGUGUUGUUGGUUUAUUGUGGGCAAGACAUUGAAUGCAAAUUUCUUUGUUGUUUUCUCUUUGAAAUUUUGUGGACAAAGUGAAGCUAUCAUCUCAUUAUUCAGUGCAUGGAAUUAUCACUGUGUGUCACACUCAACCAGGGAUGCCAAAAGUAUGUGUGCCAGAAUUUUGCUGCUACUAGCUGUUUGCAGUUCCAAUCAAUUAAUCAACAAUCAACAACUACAACGAGAGUUAUGGUUAUGGUAUGUGUAUUCUCGAUGAAAGACUAUUAGAUUCGAACUUAGAAACUUUUCUAUCAGUUUAGAAUGGCUCAAUCAGAUCGUUCAGGUUAUUAUUAUAUAGAUUGAUAUAUAGUGUACAUAACUACACAGUAAGUAAGAGCAAGUAAGAGGAGAAGGUUGUGGAGAGGAGAGUAGAAGAGUGAGAGAGAUGGUGAUAUGAGGGGAAAGGGCUUCACUUAGCUUUUUUAAUUAGAGUGAAAAUGAUGUUGGGGUGUGUGUAUUGGUACCCUCCUUGCCUCCUCCUCUUCCAUUUAUUGCAAUUGUCUUUAUGCCUUUUCCCCUCCAUCCUCUUCACUAAAAUGCCCUUUGUCUCUCUUUUUCUUUUCUACUCUACUCCUACUGAUCAUUCAUCAUCAUCAUCAUCACCAUCAUCCCCUUUUAUCCUUUCCCCCUCUCCCUCCCUUCUCUUCUCUUCUUCCCCACAAAAACUUUGCCUUUUUGGCAAUCUUCUGCCUAAUUUGCAGCCCCUCCUACUCUCUCUUGAUUGAUCUUCUUCCUCUUGUACAGUAGCUAGCUAGCAGCAGUAUAUAUAUAUAGCUAGGGUUUGUGGUUCCUUUCUUUGUCAAACACCCUUUUCACAUAGAAGCAAACCAAUUAUUCCCCCCCUCCCUUCUAUUUGCAGCAAGCAAGCAAGUCUGACUGCAUAUAUAGCCGUAUAUAUAGCUUCAUAGCUUUGCAUAAACAGACAAAGGUAAGUUCUCAAGCAACUCCCUUUUCAUACCUGUGCUUGUGUUUGAACUUUUGGGGUCUGUUCCCUUAAUCAGUUGAUACAAAUAUAUGGUGGGUGAUCGGCCAGUCAAAGAUUGUGGCUUCAGAUCAUUGACAUUUAUGCAUGUCCUUCUUGCAAUAAUUCUUGUUAUCUGGGUUCUUCAGAUUUUUCUUUACUACUUUACCCACUUGAUUGGAGAUGGUGAAAAUAGAAGAUACUAUAUGUGCCCCCAACAUAUAUAGGAAGAAAAACAUCACUUCAUUCUACAGUAUCAUCUCUGUGGCUGGCUAGUUGGGUUGGGAAUUAAAUAUAGGACAGUAUUGAUAAGAAAAUUUUGAACUGUUUGAAUGAUUUCUUGCAGAAAUCUAGCAAUAAAAUCACAGUUUUAAGGAUCUGAUAUAUGUAUCUUCGACGCUGACUUUGUACAAAUUUGUCUGUCUUGACUCGCCAAAAGCUUAGAUGAUACACAUAUGUGCUCUAUACUCAUAGAACAGCAAAGUCUUGGAGUUGGAGGGGGCAAGAGUUCAACAAAGACUGCUUCAAUUUCUCUCCCACCCUCACAAAACUUCCACAUUAGAACAAAAACAACUUGCGGCAGCAUAUAGGUGAUAAGAUGUUAUCCUCUUAACUUAUCUAGGAAUGUUCAGUUCAAAAAUCAACGAUGGUAUAGCUGAAUGAAGUACUCGUUAGCCUCGCAUUCUUAGAUUUAAUCACAUAAUUAACAAUAUAGGUCCCUUAACCUCUACCUAAUAUUCUUAGCAUAGAUAUCCCAAUAAUAAAUUAUUAUAACAAUUAGUAGAUGUUCAAUCUUUCAACAAGAAGAAGAGAAAGCAACAAUUUGUUUCGAACGAUUUUUCAUCUUGUAAUGUUAUUCCAUCUAUAAAAUUAACUCAGUCGCAUAAUAUUUAUUUCUGCAACACUUUCAAGGCCCAACAACCCAAAUAAAUUAAACGAACUUAUUCUUGUUUGAACGCUAACCACGAUCUGAGUUACGUUUGUUGGUUGGUUGUAUAUCUAUAACAAUAGAUUUGAUUGUUUUAAGACGAAUAAUUCUCUCCAUAGCUAUACUAAUUUUUAAUUUGAAGAUGUCACAUAUACAUUUUGCAAAUAAUCAAAUCCUUGUCGUUUCUUAGUCUGCUUACACAUAUAAAUGGCAUCAGCGGCGGCGGGAUCCUCCUCCUCAUCGUCAGCCUACUCAAACUCCCCGUGCGCGGCGUGCAAGUUCCUCCGCCGAAAGUGCCUGCCGGACUGCAUCUUCGCGCCCUACUUCCCGCCGGAAGAGCCGCAGAAGUUCGCGAACGUGCACAAGAUCUUCGGGGCCAGCAACGUGAGCAAGCUGCUGAACGAGGUGCUCCCGCACCAGCGGGAGGACGCCGUGAACUCGCUGGCGUACGAGGCCGAAGCCCGGCUCAAGGACCCCGUCUACGGCUGCGUGGGCGCCAUCUCCGUGCUGCAGCGCCAGGUCAUCCGCCUCCAGAAGGAGCUCGACGCCACCAACGCCCACCUCAUCCGCUUCGCUUACACUAAUAACACCACUACUACUAGUAGUACUGAUGAUUCGAUGAUGAAUAAUGGCGGUGGUUAUGGUUCUCAUCAUCAUCCUCCUCCUCAGGGUUAUUCUUCGGGUGGGGCUUAUUAUGGUAAUUACAAUGGUGGUGGUAAUUACAGUUCGUGGAGUGGUGGCAUGAAUUAAUUAAUGAGGCUUUAAAUGGAAGGGGAGGAGGUGGAAAUUAUUGGGAGCUUCUCUAGCUAUUGGAUUGUUGCCUGAGAUUUGGUCAUAAUAUUUUUUGCAUUUUGGUAUAUGGGGUCAAUUGUAUGGUCAAUUGAUCAAAAGAUAAUUAUUCAAGCAGUUUAUACCUUCUUAUGGUGGGACUAUAUUGGUGGCUAUACACUAUAACGACGUGUCGUGUCGUAAUCAGUACUUACGGUAUGUUGUAUGUGGAAGAGGUAGAGGAAUCCUGUUUGACAUAAGUUAAGUCUAAUUAGGGUUUGACUAUAUUGGUGGCUAUACACUAUAACGACGUGUCGUAUCGUAAUCAGUACUUACGGUAUGUUGUAUGUGGAAGAGGUAGAGGAAUCCUGUUUGACAUAAGUUAAGUCUAAUUAGGGUUUUGGGUUUGUGUUAUGUGUGUACCAAAUGUUUUUAGACUCAUAUAGAUGUGAUUGUGGGUGUUUUUUCUUCUCUAUAAAGGGCUUAUGGAGAAUACUUAUAAGGUGAGACAUAUUGUUUUUUUUCUUCUUUCAUUUUUUGCUCUUGUUUUAUUUUAUUUUAUUUAUGCUUUCCCCCUAGUGGUGGUGUAUGGGAAUGGGAAUGGGAGUUUGGAUUUUGUGUAUUGGAGAGAGCAAUAUAUUGAAGUGGUCUUCAGUUUUGAAUUGAAAUAUAGAUAAAAGGAUGCGGCUUCUUGCAUGUACACUUGCUCUCUUCCCUUUUUGGCUACUUUUAAUUUUUGUUGGCACUUGUUUUGGCAUUUUUGACAAAUAUACACCAUGCCUCUCUUUGGAGGCUAGCUAUCAUUUGGAUUCAUAUGGGCACUAUAUUGUUGGCAUUCUGUCACUACUAUUAGUCUGUCAAUAUUUUUGGCUUAGGUAUAUAAAACUUGGAAAUGAUGGUAGAGGAAAGUAAGAAGCAAGCAAAGUAGGAGUUGAAUUAAGUGAGAAAAACAUCAAAAUACAUUAUAUUUGUAAAGGAAUGAUAUAAGAUCAAUUUUCUAAAAAAAUAUUUAACCAAUGAGAUCAGCUAAUUCUUGAUUUCGAUGUCUCGUUUUGAAUUUUCACGAUAAUCAAUAUUUACAGUUGAUUUAAGUCCGGAACUAAUUAAUUCUUGACAAUGUUUAGUAGAGUAUGAAAAUGAUAACCUUAUCAUUUGUAAUUCACAAAGACUUGAAUAAGAAACCUCUAUCAAACUCUUUCAUACUCAGUGUGUAACUAAUUAAUUGUCUAAACAAAUCAAAUAUGAACCAUAUACGACCUAUAAUAUAUAUUUAUCUUGACUGAUGUAUAAUAAAUCAUAAAUACGCAACUAGAGCAUCUACUACAAAAAUCUAGUUAUAUAUAGUAUUUAUUUUGAAAUACUCACAAUCCAGUAUCCACUCAUACCUACCGAAUCAGCUAGCCCUAACUAAUGUACGUAUAGCAAUUAUAUGAUGGUAGGGCUCCCAUGGUAUGUAUCUAUAAUUAAUUAUAAUAAUCCCUUACUUAAGAUAUAAUUGGAAAUCAGGCUUUUAUAUAUAAAUAUAAAAGUAGAUACCAUAAAAUUGGAGGUAUACCCAAUAUCUCACUUUCUGCCUCACAAAAUUAAAGGUACCCACGGUUUUGUAAAGAUGACUGAUGAUCAAGAUUCUCUCUUAUUUGUAAUCUUAUUGUUAAUUGUGAUGAUUAUAGUAUAGUUUAGGAACGGUGUACAAUUAUUUGCUUGCCAAAAAACAUUGUAUGAUUGAUAACUUAUCUUAUAGUGGUCUCUUAAUUAAUUAUUUAAUUACAAAUAUGAACUAUUGCAUAAUUGGUGCGCCCACUUCUUGAAUCUGUAUAAUAUUAGAGCAUAUGAACUUUUUAUGAAUCUUCUCCCACGUCUCUUUUAUGUCUUUUGGCUCCUUUGUUUUGGCAAAAUAGAAAGUAGUACUUCCAAAGGGAAACUUAUUAUUUUUGAGUGGAUGAUUUUCUUUAUGAUUUUCUUUUUAUUCAUAGGAAGGAGUUAAAAGGAAGCAUAAGUACAGGUAUGGUGUGUCAGUGCAAAUUUCAAACUGAUAAGAUAACAUGUUAUUUAACGACUUUCAACUAUUUAAAUUAUUGAAAUCAAAACUCUCAACAAACCCUACUUACGAGUAGAGGUGUGCAACGAGUUGAUUCGUUCCAGAUUGCACCGAAUCAAACCAACACUUAGUCGGACCACAUCGAACCAAAUAUAAUAUGGUUCAGUCUUUGGUCCAAGAAUUUUAUAAAUGCCGAAGAAAAUAGAUCGAAGUAAACAUUAUUUGGAUCGGACCAAACCUGGACCGAAUACAAUGUUGAUCCGAUCUUUGGUCCUGAUAUGUCUUUUACUAUUAGACCACAAUUCUCAUGAGUUUGGUCCGAUUCGGACCGGACCGAACCGUUACACACCCGUUGGAGCAUAGUCUAGUAACCUUCAAUUCACUAUUUCGGCGAUACUGGUUUUUUUUUCUUUCUUUGAUUGAGCUACAUUCAAUAAACUAUCAAACUAUAGCAUCAAUAUUGCUCUUUAACAAUCAAACUAAUCUUCUUAACUACCCUUGGACAGUUAGUUUGACUUUUGAUAAUAUGGUUGAAAGUGUGUUGCAUAACUCCAAAAAAUACCACGGGCAGCAUGCACAAGUAGAUUAUAACCUAGAGUUUUUUUUUUUUUUUUUUUUUUGAGAAAGAUUAUAACCUAGAGUUAGCCUAUAAGACGACAGGAGAUCUUCAAAAUUACACGAAAAGCAGCUGAAAAUGAACCCCAAAGUGAAAUAAACAAAUAGAGACGGUUCCCUUGAACGAUUACUCAUAAGUCCCCUAAAUGAGAGUGUGAACAAAAUGAAAAUUUUCUUUGUCCCGUUGCAACUUCCUUUUUCUCACCCCAUGCCAUCAUCAAAUCUUACGCUUCUCGGCCAUGCUUUUCCAUUUCAAGAUUUGAUCAUACACGAAUAUGCAAAUAGGCCAACAAGAUCCUCAAAUCUUGAAGUUGUAGUUGUUGUGUAAAAGUGUUUUGUGUUAGAUUCUCACCUUCGUGAAUUGGUGCAAUUAAACGGUUGAGAACCGUAUGAAUCGUCGUAUUUGCUUGGGUUCGAUUUAACAUGUAUGUGUGUUUUGCUGAUUAUUGUACAAAUUCGAACGCAAUCUCAAAGAAUGUGUGGAUCACCCUUCGUAAAUAAAAAAAAGUAUUGUUUUGUGUUAUGCAAGAAUGUAUAUAGGGAAGAGCGGAUAACAUCUUUUAUGUUUGUGUCAGUAGUUAGUCGGCUCAGUUAAAUGUUAAUCGUCAACGAAUUUGUCAGUUAGCGGUUAACCGCCAACCAAACACCUAUACAGCUAGCCAACCUUUCACAUCCUUAGUGGCUAACGAUUACCCAUUAACCGAUGGUUAACGGUUAUGUUAACAGUUAACCAACAACUCACAGUUAUAUUAAUCGUUAACCAAUAAUUAGCAGUUAAAUUAACCUUUUUAACAUAGAUAACCGUGUAAACUAUAUUAGCAGCCCUAACAGAUCGAGACCCAAUAUUAUAGGUUGCUCUUUGGUUCUGAAUUGUGUCAAGUACCAAGAGCACAAGGGCUUGGCGCACCUUGAUCACAACUUUCCGGAGAAUGACUUGACCCUUGACUCCGAGUUGGUCGCGGACUUUACCCCAAGUCUAGAUCGCCGGAGUUAGACCAAAAGAGACAUAUAUAUAUAGUUAGACUUCAUAUGCGGGCGGCCGACUAAACUAUACAGGGAGCAUUCGCCGGCCGGCCGACCUCAAGUGAGCAGCCCCAAGGAAAGUGUUGAAAAUAACAGUUUUAAGGAUAUAGUUUUGCUUUUAACAUUGGUGAUUACAGAUUAGACUAAUUUUUAGGGUCGGCCAUCAGUCGGCCGCGGUGCAAGUAGAACGUUGGUACGUAGUGCGCUAGUCUUUGUGCAAUUGGGCAGCCGAGAUUCCCUUUCAACUAGACUUUUCAAGAGAGGAUGUGUGGAAGCGAUCGAUAAAUAGGAUUAAAGGGA